GGCGCGGAGCUGUUCAGAGCACCUGAGGUGCUGAGUCCGAGGGAGGCUCCGGGCGCGGAGCCGAAGCUGAGGCCGCCGCGCCGCCACGGUCACCCUCGGAGGGAUGGGACCCGAAGCGAGCCGAGCUAUUCCGCAGUCUACGAACUGACCGCCCACCGGCUUCAGGGAGAGGGGCACCCGCCCAGCCGCCUGUCAGAUAAGGAAUUGUCAGUGAUUCCCAUUCUGAAGAAGGAAAGACUUCCAAACAUCGGAGCAGACAAGGAAUUCUCCUUCAGGAUUCGUGUGGAGCAGCACUGAGUGGAGCCUCACUCCUUUCAAAGAAGAUUGCUACAUGACAAUUUUCGCUUUCCCCCAGGCCAUCUCUGCAGCACAGUAUGGCCCCCUGCAAUGAACAAUGAGUGACCUUGGAGGAUUGUGGAGGCCCAAAGAACAGAGCAAUAGACCCCUUUUCUGUGGUCUGGUUGCCCAUCUUCUCUUUCGGAGGUGACGCCUUUCCUUAGCAAACGCAGUACUGUCAACCCUUCCCUGCCUCCCCUCUCCCCCUCGACACUAGCUCUGACCACUCAUCGUCCUGGACACCAUGUAGUAGGGGCUUCGACGGGUCGUGACAACUGAGUUGCAAUGGUUUUACACACUUCCCCAUUUCCCUGCUGCUGUCUGUCCAUUCUGCAUCGCUUUUCCUGGGCCCUGAUCUGCCCAUUUUAUUGGCUUGUGGACAGACUAGUAGCCUCCUGGAUACCGACGACCAAUGAAAAGUGCCAAAGAGGCUCUCUGUGCUGGGUCCUCCGCUUCAUCUUCACCACGCCCAUUUACUUGGCUCUCUGUACUCUGUCCAUCCCCAGCGCCAUAUUCGGUUUUCUCUUGUGGAACCCUCUCCAGCUAUGUAGGCAACCAUACAUCUAUUCUAGACUAGAAGACAAGAGCCAGGCCAGUGCUGCUCUGCUUCUCAACGAAUGGAAGGCCACGGGCCCUGGGAAAAGUUUCUGUUUUGGCACCGCCAAUGUCUGUCUCCUCCCUGAAUGCAUGGCAAGGGUGAACAAUCUUUCCAACACGCAAGACCGGGCCAAAGAAAUUGGGCAGAGAAUCCGAAAUGGGGCAAGUAGGCCCCAGAUCAAAAUAUACAUAGACUCCCCAACAAACACAUCCAUCAGUGCCGCAAGCUUCAGCAGUCUGGCUUCGCCCCAGGGCAGCGAUGGUCCCAACAAAGCCGUCAACGUGGGCAUCAAGAGAACAACAUCCAUGGAAUACAAGGGCGAUAACGGGAGUCCAAACAGCAGCGAAGAGAACCGGAACCCCAAAACUGGUGGUGACUUUCAGGAAGUUGAAGACAACGCCUGCAUCAUCCGGAUUGGUGGAGAGGAUGGCGGCCAGCUGUCCGACCCAGAAGCGGAUGGUACUGGUGACUGCCAGAUGGAGACACCUCCCGAGAAUAAAGCAGAGGGUCAGAAAGGCCAAACACCCAACCAUAAGGCGAAGGAAGGGGACGCCGGAAGCUUAGACAGCUACACGGCUUCUAGAGAGUCCCUGGUGAAGGUCCGCAUUGGGGAGAGCCCCACGGACCAAAGUGCUGUUAACAACAAGCUUCUCCACAAGACGUCCAUGCUCAAGAAGACCUCUCUGAGAAAAAAGAAGCAUACGGACGAGAUCUUUGACCAUGAGAUCUCUGCCUUCUUCCCUGCCAACUUGGACUUCCUGUGCUUGCAGGAAGUGUUUGACAAAAGAGCCGCGGGGAAAUUGAAAGACCAGCUCCACCAAUAUUUUGAAUACAUCCUGUAUGAUGUUGGGAUCUACGGCUGCUGCUGCCCCUGUAAGAUCGAGUAUAGUUGCCGCCACUGCCAGAGCCUGAGCAGCUGCUGCUCCUGCCAGAGCCUGAGCAGCUGCUGCCCCUGUAAGAUCCUGAAUAGCGGCCUCCUUUUUGCCAGCCGCUACCCAGUUAUAGAUGCUGUCUAUCACUGUUACCCCAACGGAGGAGGGACGGAUGCCUUUUCUUCAAAGGGAGCCUUGUUUGUUAAGGUACAAGUGGGAAGUACACCUCAGGACCAAAGAAUCGUGGGAUAUAUUUCCUGCACCCACUUGCAAGCUGAAGGAGGCAUCCCAUGUUCUCCUUGCAUCUGUUUUCCCCAUAUAGACGACAGCACCAUUCGAUGUGAACAACUGAAUCAGCUGCAGGAUUGGCUGGCUGAUUUCCGAAAAUCUACCUCCUCCUCCAGCACAGCCAAUCCCGAGGAGCUGGUGGCGUUCGACGUGCUUUGCGGAGACUUCAACUUUGACAACUGCUCUUCUGAUGACAAGCUGGCACAACAGCACUCCCUGUUUACACACUACAAGGACCCCUGCCGCGUUGGUCCAGGAGAGGAUAAGCCGUGGGCAAUCGGUACUUUUCUAAAACAAGAUCACCUGCAUGACGAGGAGGUGUGCACCCCAGACAAUCUGCAAAAGGCCUUGGAAAGUGAAGAAGGGAGAAGAGAAUACAUUGCCCAUCCUACCAGCAAGAGCCAUCCGAACAACCAGAAGGUCUUGGUGAAGGGCAAUGGCAGAAGGAUUGACUACAUGCUCUAUUCUGAGGAGGGGCUCUACCUGGAGUGGAAAGUGGAGGUGGAGGAAUUCAGUUUCAUCACCCAGUUAGCAGGUCUGACUGACCACCUCCCUGUGGCCAUGCGCCUGAUGGUCAACACCGGCGAAGAAGAGGUGUAGCUGCGCCAGCCACAAGGUCGGUCAGGCCCCAGGCCAGCCUAAGACCACCUGGUCUCUGUUCCUGGGAUACAAAGGACUUUUUUUUUUCCAGUGCCACGUGAGCCAGAUGCAAACACCUGGCCUCCGGUCGCCUCUCCCAACACCUCCCCAGGUGGGCCAGGUCCCUGCCCCGUUCCUCGCUGGAGCCGGGGAGGGGAGGGGACAAGGAAGGUGGGAGGUGAGGGACGAGGGCUGAGCCCACUGUCUGGAGCCCUUCGGGCAGCAGGGUCAGCCUGAAUUUCUACAUGUUCACUGUGGACCAAGGAACGCCAGUGGCCAGGCGGGUGGGGAGGGCGGGGAGAGCCGAGCCCGAAUUCCUUUUAAUCAGUGCCAUUCUUACAAAACAUGGUUUUCUAUCAAUUAUACAGCACAACUUAGUUUGUAAUCUGUGGGGUAGUGCUCUUAAUGGGUUUUGCAGAAUUUCUUUGUAUAGCUCUUAUAAAGCUGAAGGCUUGGUUUUGGAUUUUCUUUUUUUUUUUUUUAAAGCCUGCCAAUGUCGUCAUAGCAUGCCUGUGCCCUAGCAUGCCCUCUAACUGCAUGCUACACACUCGAGAUGAAACAGCCAUUAUGAUAGCCAUAGGGUAAAAACAGGGGGAAAGAAUUCCAAAAGCAAUCAGGAAAUAGUCCAAGAAGCCCAUUACAGAGUGCUGGGUGGCCUUUUAUUUCCUUUUUAACCAGCACAAGUGGGGCUUUCCCAAACCAACAAUAAUGAUCUGUCCCCAGGGGCAGGGAAAAUGCUGGGUUUCUUUCCAAAGGCCUACAUUUGAGGGGGAUUAUGCUUUAGCAAGGAAAAAAAAAUUGACUUUGUGGUUCCCGGGAAGGGAAAGCUCAUGGGGAACAGAUGGGUGUCAGUCCCCACCCAACUCUAGGCUAAAGGCACCCAGUGUUCCUAGGAGAGGCUUGUCAAGGGUGAAAAAUUAGGACAGGAAUGUGUCUGUGAAAGGGAAAACUCAAAAGAUGGGACCUGUGGUCUUGUUGGAGGGAGGGAAAAUGUCGCCACACAAGUGGGAAGGAGCAGUCUGCAUUUUAAAAGACUAUUUUUGUAGUGCUGUUCUUUCCUGUCUCCAAACUCACAGUUCUGUUUCUAUUGCAUGACCUUUCUUAGCUUCAGACCCCAGUGACUUUGACCAGAUGACAAAGUAAGGACUUCAGGGUUCUUCUCCAUUGUGUGGCAUCAUUUUGUGAUUUGGGGAAGUAAAAAAAAAAAAUUCCCUUUGUGCCUCAGUUUACCCACUGGUCCAGUGGACUACUGGUCCCUACCUCACUGGCCCAGCUGAGCCCCAAGGGAGUUGGCUGCAUUGUUGCUGACAGAUGACUGGCUGUCCAUGGUCAGCUUCUGAGUCAUGGGUAUCUCCAGGAUGAAGUCUGCCUUGGCCUGUCUAUUUCUAUCUCCUCCUCCAGUAGCCACCCCAGAUCUCCUGGGAUCUCAUUCCCAGUUGCUCAGCACAGCUAUCUUUUCUUUUUGGCCCAUGGCUGAGGGCCCCUGGACAGCAAGCCAUAGCAGUGGGAAGGGGAGGGGCACAAUUAAGGGUCCUCUGAAGGCUGAGCCUUCCCACUGGGCUCUCCCAAAGAGAGAUUCCUAGUUAACCAAACAUGAAUAUGAGGAAGGGGAUGUCAAGAAAGAAAAUGGCCAGAGCAACCUCCUCCAUUUGGUGAGACUGAUCAUUAUUGCCUCCUGCCACGUCCACACAAGAGACAAUGAGCAUCUCGUGUCCUCCGACGCCCUCGAGCACCGCCUGCUUUUCCUCAGUUGUGCUUUCUUCGGGUCCCCUCUUUGGCCCGUCUUCAGCCGAUCUGGUCCCGGGCAUCACCGCUCCAUGGGAAAAGUUACAUCCUCUCCCCUCUCACUACCAUGGGACCCAGUUGGAGCCCAGAUUUGAGAACCACCUGUCCGGGAGCCCGAGGCCCAGCCAGACCUCCUCCGACAUGCUCUGCUGAUUCCCUGUAGGAGCAUCCUGUCUUAAGCACCUUCAGCUUUAAUUCUUUGCAGCCUCUUUAAAUAAGAGCAAUCAGGCAUUUUCCUCUCCCUCUAAUCCAUGGAAUUUUUUUAACUUUAUGCUAAACUAUUUCUUAGAUUCUGAGCUUGGUUUUUUGGUGAUCUCUCAUUUUAAACAGAAUGUUGUUACGGAUUGUUCACCCAACCAUACCCUGAGCUCUUACUCACACCUGUCGUAUAGCCUAGCAUAGGCCACAGUAAGAACAGGGUGAUGACAGCACUAGAACCCCACGGUACAAAUUCUCCUUGUCUUAGUACAUUGACCCUGUGCCUUCUGAUGCCUUCAUCUGCAGGACAGGCAGAGUGAAGCUGAUGGGCAGGAGCAAGGGUGGGGAGAAACGAUUCUCCCUCACCCCGAUCCAGCCAAUCACCAGCCCUCAGCCCAACGCAGCCAGGAGGCAAGACUGGCUAUGGACAGGUGACCUGUGUGUGACCCAUCCAAAGGCCUUAGCCCUUCACAGCCAUGAGAUACUGCUUCUGCUUGUGGGAACGACUCUCCCGCCCGAGUCAGGCAGCUCUAGGUAGGAUUCGGCCAUAGGUCUAACCCAAGGUUAGGCUCAAAUUCACAGAGACCAAGGGCAAAGAAUAGGACCCAGGGCCACCAACCCACUGCAAGUCUGAUGGGGAGCAGUGCUCCCUGGGGCCACUCAAUCAAGAAAUGCUAUUUUCUAAAGUGAACCAGUUUCAAGCUGUGAAAGGAUGAGAGUACAGGCUGUAGCUGACAGUGUCUGAUCAAAUCAUUCCCCUUGCUUAGUGAAUCCUACCUAUUCCUGAUCCCAUGGCCCAGGGUCACCAUGGGAGUGAUUACCACCACAGAAAGCAGAGGCUCCUAGCCGUUCUAGGGAGAGAGCUGGCCCUACUCCAAAGGGGCCUUCCCUGCGUCCUGCCGUCUUUCCCAAGGAGUUUCUUUCAUCCAGAAAUCGGGGUUGCAGCAUCUCUACAUUCCCAAGGCAAGUACUUUGAGGAAUGUUAAACUCCAGGCUCUGCCUGCCUGCCUGCCUGUUCACUCGCUGAUUCUCAGAACAAGACUGACAUCUCUUUGGAAUCAUCCUCCCUUUAGAAAGGGUUUUCACAGAGCUAGAGAAUCCUGAUCUCUUGUAGGAGAGAAGCCUUUAGACUCUGGGAUUUUUUAAUAUUCACUUAUUCUGGUUUGUCAGUGCGCAUGAAUCAUGUGAUUGUAUGAUUGAACACAUGCAACAGGACUCAUCAGGUUAUGAUGGUUCUGGCUAUGAAGCAACACACCCCUGCCCACAAACACAAUCGACGUCCACAGCCAAUCGUGUACUCACAUUCCCACCCACACAGAGCCUUGCAGACGGCCCGAGUCCAGGGCCAGGGCCAGAGAUCAGUUUUCCCUGGCUGGAUGCAGCCAGGGAACCUGGGCAGAUUGAGGGCCAGUCUCUGUAAACCAGGGAGGGACUGCUGCCUCUCUCAAAGGCUGGAGCUAGAACAUGGGAAAGUUAGCAUUGUUCUGCCAAGCGGGACCGUCUGCUGGGAACUGUAUUCACUCACUUGAAGGGACUGUUCCACCUGGAACAACGUGAUGGCUGGGUCACACACUCCCCUCCUUACUGACUACACGGCCUUAGGCAAGUCUUUCAAUCUCCCUGUGCCUCCAUUUUGUCCUCUGUGAAAUGAGGAUAAAGUUCGGCAAACCUCUGGCAGCCUUUGGCUGAUUGGAGCAGCUUGUUCACCACCUCUUUCCCUUGAGCACCUAGCCCUAUCAUAUCCUGUCUGAUAGAGAUGUAAAGUAGUGCUCAGAGAUCACAACUUCCCACCCCUAAAUCCUUGGCAACCUGCCCAGAGUAUUUGCUUGGUCAUUGGUUUUAUGAAGGCUGUAGAUUAUUCUAAGGGGGCUUGUCCAUGAACUAAAUUUUUACAAUUGUGAUUUUUUAAAAAAAAUUUCCCUGUGACUUAGAUUCAAUCAAAUCAAGUAAUGUCCAAGCUGGGAGGGAGAGCAUGGGCUAGUCGUGGUCUUGCUCCCAGCUUAUAAAUGAUACCCUGCUUCUGCUCCUGCUCCAGGGCUGGGGAAGGGAAAGAUGCCUCUGACCAGCCCCAAGAUAAGCCAUGCACUGGGACCCAGUUCAGUCAGACGGCUUACGAAGGAAGCUUUUUCAUGUGUCCAAAACCAUCUUGAGUUUUAAGUAUGAAUAUUAAUCUUGAUGCUUUUUAAAUAUUGUAUUACUGCUAAGGUUUAGAAAUUACUGUUUUAAACAAACUUUUUUAAUUUCAAUAAUUUUUCUGUAUUGUAUCCUUCUGGGAACUGAAGGGGUUUUAUACGGUAAGCACACCUAAAGUUUUGGUAAAACUGUAUCUGAUAUAUAUCCAUCUGUUUCUUCCCUGUAAGAAAACAAGUCUUACACCUAAUAAAAUAUUUUGAAGGGUUUUUUUUUUCAUUUAUUGGUGCUGAAAGGAAUGAAUAGUUGAUGUGAAGGAGAAAAUAAAACAUUAAAAGUCA